AUGGAUAGAAAUGGAGAAUCAAUGUUAACAUCAAUUUUUUGGAGAGAAAUCAAUGAGUAAUUUUUCAUGGUUUAAUCUCCUAUCAAUAAAUCUGAUAUUAGAAUCUUUAAAAAGAAAUGUAAUCAUAUUAUUCAUAAAAUAGUUUCUAAUAAUGUAAACUUAAAUUGUCAUAAAUUAUUAGAUCUAGUUCUUAGAAAGAAUAAGAGAUCUAAAUUAUCUUAAUUCAACUUCAUUAAUUUAAAUUAAAGACUUUCAUUACUCUUACAAUAAAGAAAACAUCGUUCAGAUCCUAUUUAAAAUUUAAUUGAUGAAAUGAUAGACCAAAUUUGUUUUACUCAUCUUAUCUAAGAAUUACAGAAGUCUUAAGAUCUUAUUAAAAAUAUGUCCCAAAAAUCAGAAUAAAAACAAUAACUUAUUUAUAAUUAAGAAAAUUAAAUCUUAACUAAUUUACAUCACAUGAUAGAUUCUAAGGAUGAAUUAAGCCAAAAAAUAUUAUAACUUGAAUAAUAAUUAGAACAACUUGAUACUUCAAAUACUCUAUAAUAGUAAAUAUUUUAAUUAAAUAUUAUUAGACUUGAAUAACAUAUCCAAGAAAUUAAUAAUACUCUCCUUUUUACUUAUUCUUGCUAGAUUCUUCAAGAGAAUUCAAUUAAAUUAACCAGAUCUAGAAUUAAAAAUCAAUAAGAAGAACUAUCAAUAUUAAAGAAUUUAAUAAUUUUACAUGAAGAUUAUCAAGUUGCUGAAAGUAUUGGUAAAGCUACCUUCAAUUAAUAAAGUAAAUUCAACUAACAAAUUAUGAAAAGGUAACACAAUUACUGUGAUCUUUGAUAAAUAUUUGAGUCAAACUUAAAUCGAUCUCAACUUGGAACAUUUUGAAUAACUUUAAAAAUUAAGAGAAAUACCUUAUGAAUUCCCUGAUUAAUUGUGUGGACUCAGAUCUGAUGUAUAAUUUUAAGUUAUUUAGAAUGUAUUCGAAAUGGAAAUGUGCCAUUUUUGUAAAUUAAUGAUUGAUAUUAAAAAUCUGAAAUAAUGUUAAUAUAAUCAUUAUUAAAUGGGUUUACAUGAAUAUGAUGAAGAUUUAUUAAUCUGUUAGAGAUAUUAAAUAAAUAUAAAGUCAUAAUAAUCAUAUAUUUUAGAUCUUUAUUCUACAAAUUACAUAAUUGAAAGUACAUUUAAAUUAUAAUAUAUCUUAGAUUAAUAGAUUCAAUGUAAAAGAUACUUUUGUUUAAAAUGUUUAAAAUAUGAAUUUGAUUCAUAUGAUAUUAAUCAAUUUCUGUGGAUUUGUCCAUUAUGUAAAGUAAAUAAUGUAUAAUAUUUAAUCUAGGGAUUAUGUACUUGUAUUAGAUGUUCUAAAAAUGAAACUAUUUAUAAAUUAAAAAGAUAAUAUUUAGAAUUAGAUGGAGAUUUAGAAGAUAUAUAUUAAUCAUCAUAUUUUGAAAUGCUUGUUAAGGAAAAAAGAAAAUUAAUUAAAAACAUUCCUAUUGAAUUUAGUAAUUUAUUCAAAAAUUAAUAUGAAAAUAAUGAAGACAUUGUAAUACAAAAGAGUUAACUUAAUGACAAGAAAUAAAUUACCAAAAGAAUUUUUAAAAAGAAAAUCAAAAAAAAUGAUACAGUAUUAAUAUCAAAAUCACAUAAACUUACACAUAUUGAAAGUUCAUAAUCAUCAGUAAAAAUUAAGAAAUCAAAUAAAAUCAAAAAGAGUACUUUGUUUUUUAAUAAUAAUCAUAAUGAUCCUUUUAAUUAAUAAAUCUUUAUUUAAUGA